GCGUCAGUGUACAGAUUGUUGAAUAAGCUCCUCCCAUCGUACUGAAAUCACGAGACAUGAUAGCAAUAUUUUUCAAAAGCAAAUUUUGCCCAUUCGUAAUCUGGAAAAUUGUUUCAUCCACAAGUUUUUGAAUUAGAACAAAUUAUCGACAAAAUGCUGACCCGGAAAAAGUUUGUGUUUUUUUACGUUACAUUGAGUUUUUUGGCGCUGCUUUUAAUUUUGCACAAUUCCGAUAGAAUAAUCUACUGUGUGAACCCUAAAUUUGAAGUUUUGCAAACAACUCCUAAACCCAGCUUUGAAGUUUUGGAAGCUUCUACGCCCACGCUACUCAUCGAUAGAGCAUGCGAAUGUGUCUCAAGUCGUACACGGGAGUCUUUCGAUUUCUGCUACAAAAAUCCAAAGAAUGUUUCGUUGGUUGGGAAGCGGUUCAAUUGCACUUGGUUAAGCAUUUUGGAGGAUUUGAAACUCAUUGGAUCACACGAACAGAUUAUGGUGGAACUGAAGAGGCCUGUUAAAAAUGAUUCAGAUAUUAUGUUUGUAUCUGCCACUUCAAAAAACCACCUGUUUAACUUCAAUGAAAUGUAUAACAUUGUGCAUCGCAAUUGGCCAAAUCAAAACAUGAUUCUCUAUUCUUUGGAUCUUACCGACGCUCAAAUACUUGACAUCGAGAAGAGGCCAACUGUCAAAGUUCGGAAAUUCGAUUAUUCCAAGUAUCCGAAUUAUGUAGAAAACUGGAUGGAAUAUCGUUUCAAAGCGUUGAUUCUCGCUGAAGCGAUUCGGGAUUAUGCGAAUGUUUGGUGGAUUGAUGCCCAUACAAAAUGGAUUCAUCCAAAUUCAUUGGAUACAGUUUAUGGAGAUCUGGCAGAAUGCGCCAACGAUGUUAACUGUACGAAGAACUCCUCAAUUCAAACAUUUAUCAACUCAACGCACAGCAAUUACGCAGUUCUAACAAAUGGACUUCUUGACUAUUUUCCCACGUUUGACACAGAUGUUCUGAAAACAAACGAAAAAGGCCUUCAAGUAUCUGCAAUGCUGGUCUAUUUGGCUCGAACUCCAUUCACUUUGGAGAUUUUGAAAUGGCACACCCUUUGCGCAUUAGAAGAAAAAUGUAUGAACCCGCCGGCAGCGAAACUGAAGUGCGACAUCAUUCCCACCUGGAAUUCUUAUGCAGGAUGUUUUCGGUACGAUCAGUCAUCAAUCAAUAUUUUGCUGUUAAAUCAAUUUCGAGAUCACAACAGUUACUUCAUGGCAAAGAAUGUUGGUGUAGUUGAACGGACGUAUUAGGCAUUUUGAAAUUUAGAUAACAGGGGUUUUCCUAUUCGGGUUUCCUCCUGGCUCUACUUUAACAACGUAUAUAUCGGUUUAUCAAUUGGUUUUAUCAUUGGGUUUAUCAAAAAAUUGCCAACUAGGAACCGUCAAAGUAGAGAAGUGCAAGUCCAAUAGGAAAAAUACCUUAAUUUGUUGUUAUUCUCUGCUGAUGCAAUCAUAUUUGUGUUGAUUCAAACCGGUAUUAAGUUCCAUUAAUAAUUAAAUAUUUCCAUCAUAUUAAUUAGUUAUUUGAAGUUUUAUUUCAAAUCUGUUUUAUCAAAAAAUAAAUACAUCAAUCAUGUAAA